GGGCCGGGGGUCGUAAAAGACGGGUACUUGUCGUUGCUCGUCAGCGGAAGCACUUUGGUGAAUUCGCCAGUGAACUGUCAGUGGAUGAAGAAUCUGGGAACUAAGCGUCAGGUGGUACGUUGAGCUCGAGCUGCAGAAAGGCCUGCUGCCUUGCUUUGCCUUGCAUUGCAUUGCAUGAGCUGCUGACUCAGAGGAUCCAGUCGAUGUGUUCUGCUGCAACACGAGCCGGAUGGUUGAGGAGUAUCUUUGGGAAUGGGAAUUCAGUAUGACCUGGUAGGUGAUAGAUCAAUGAUCUGCAGUGUCGAGGUGGAGGCGCAGAAAGAGAAAGUAAGAUAGAGGGGCAGGGAGAGAGAGAGAGAGAGUGAGAAGAGCCCGAAGGGUUAUUAUUCGGGAAAGGAUUAUUAAGGGAGCAGCAGCAGCAGCAGCAGAGGACCGUGUGCAUCACUGACAGAGUCGUAGCCGAGCACGAGGAGGAGCAUAUGGGAACGUCACGCUGUACGCUGAACGGCAGAAGUAGUUAGAAAAUGUGGGAAGUAGAUGGACGUCGAAGUAGCAGCAAGCAAAUUCCAGCUGCACGCAGCCGGAUCGGUGUCAAAUAUGCAGCGAGCAAUUGAGACUUAGGCCCAAAGCCGAUCGGUGACGUUGUAUGUAUUGAGAGAGAGUCGACGGGUUGAGUCUCCACUGCGAGAGAACUUCUUCUUCGGAAAAGUCUAAGGCGCAGACGUGUAUCUCUCAUGGAUAGAUAUGGCUCAAGCAAGUUGGCACGAGCGUGUUCAGCUAGAGAAGGCUCAUGUGGACUCAUGACCAAGUGUAGGCUCGGGCUCGUGUACAUGCUGUUGGUUGCGAAUUUGUCGCUGUUGAACAAAUCUCUCGCACAAAGCAAUUGGUCACCUGAUGCCAAAGGUCUGCAGGCUCUCAGAGUCGGUGUCGAUGUCCAAGGCGCACUCACCGCAUCUUGGGUGGGAGACGACCCGUGCGUCAAUGGGCCGGGGAAAUCAACCUGGCAGGGGAUUACGUGCAACAUCAGAAGCCGGGUGGACGUCGUUCUGUUAGAUAACUUGAAUCUGACAGGAACCAUUCCAGAGAACUCUCUGAGCUUGUUGAAUGAGGUGAAGACAAUCACCGUAUCCUUCAAUCAGCUCUCAGGCGGGAUCCCGAACCUGUCGAACUGCACAAGUCUGCUGCAAUUGUUUCUGCAGAGCAACCAGUUGUCCGGGCAAAUCCCGAACUUUUUGGCCAAGUCUCGCAGACUGUUGAAACUAGACCUGUCACGGAAUAACCUGGACGGCCCAAUUCCUGAUGUGAGUGGAGAUUCGGCCCUCGUCUACCUCAACGUGAGCUACAACUCUCUCAAUGGGAGCAUCCCUCCACUGAGCAACUCUAAAUUGCGCGCUUUGGAUAUUUCUAACAACAAUCUGCAGGGAGAAAUCCCCGCGUCGCUGAGAAACUUCACCGCGGAGGUAUUCUCUGGGAAUAAUCUGCUCUGUGGAAGCCCACUUCCAACAGACUGCGCGUCUGUUCUCAAUCCCUCAGCUCCUCCGAACCCCAUUUUCAUUCCUGAAGGAAAUGCACCUUCGCCGGGACCCGCCGAGGCUGCAGAGGCCGGCGGUGAGCGCAAGAAGCAGAAGCUCGGAACAGGAGCUGUGAUCGCCAUCGUGGUGGGAGACACUCUGGUGCUGGUCAUGCUCACGGUCGUAUUCCUCAUCUACUACUGGAGGAAGUACUCGAAGGAUGUGGACGAGAAACCAGGCAUGAAGGGCGCAGCAGGAGACACCAAAUCCAACAGCGGGUUCAGUCAGUCGUCUGCGCAGUUGUCAUCGCUCAAGGACUCGGAAGCCGAAAUCUCCAAACUCAUUUUCUUCGAUGAAUCGCAGCAGCGCUUCGAGCUCGAGGACCUGCUGCGCGCGUCCGCCGAGAUGUUGGGCAAGGGCAGCUUCGGCACGGCUUACAAGGCAGUGCUGGAGAGCGGCAUGAUCGUCGCCGUCAAGCGCCUUCGCGACCUUCGAACCGAAACCAGCAGAAGCGACUUCGAGAGUCACAUGGAGCUGCUCGGGAAGCUCAAGCACCCGAACCUCGUCCCUCUCCGAGCUUACUACUACGCCAAGGAGGAGAAGCUGCUCGUCUACGACUACAUGUCCAAUGGCAACCUCUUUUCCAUGCUCCACGGGAACAGAGGGUCCGGGAGAACGCCGCUCGAUUGGACGUCACGGCUGCGCAUAGCUCGAGAGGUGGCGAUCGGACUGGCCUAUUUGCAUCAGGAGUUUGAGAGCCAGAAGAUGUUCCACGGGAAUAUCAAGUCCAGCAACAUUUUGGUGAGUAAGAAUUAUGAGAUUUGCAUCUCGGACGUCGGCCUUGUGGCGCUCAUGAACCCUGCGAUCGCUGCACACCGCAUGGCUGGCUACCGAGCUCCCGAGUACAAUCACACGAAGAGGAUCACUCACAAAGCCGACGUCUACAGCUUCGGUGUUCUCCUGCUCGAGCUGCUCACAGGACGUCAGCCUGCUCAAACGCAUGAAUCCCAAGGAAAUGGGGUCGACCUUCCGAAGUGGGUGCACUCAGUGGUUCGAGAGGAGUGGACCGCAGAAGUUUUCGACUUGGAGCUCAAAUCCUUCAGACACGGAGAGGAGGAGAUGGUGACUCUACUUCAAAUUGCCAUGGCUUGUGUCACUCCGAAUCCGGAGCAGCGUCCCAGAAUGCCUCAGGUGGUGAAACUGAUCGAGGAGAUCCGAGCGGCCGAUAUAUGUGAGACCUCUGAAUCCUUCGACAGCCAGACCCAGACGGCAGACCUCACAGGUCAUGACUCUCCUUUCCACCUCUGAGUGCGAUCGGUCAUGAACGAUUCCGGCUCGGCUCCUUCUUCCAAGAUUCGGUCAAGGACCCCAAAAUUGCCGAAAUCAUCCACCCGCAACCAGUGUGCAGCACUAACAAACCAUCAGUUUCAGAGAAGGAUGCACUACGAAACUUCUAAGUCUUCUGGGAAAUCAAAUUCUAGCUUCACGCAGCAAACCCAGACAGACUACAUUUUUUUCAUUGCCUUUCUCGACGGUAUAACUUCAGGAGUUUGGAGAAACACAUGUACAUGAUCAACGUUUAGUCUAGCGUUCCCUAUUGGUUUGAGAUUUAUACUCCAUAGAUCUAAACGUGUAACAAAAUCCAGCAUGCGAGUGUGUACCGAUUCAGAAGGACAUAAGAAUAGUUUGGAGUACACUAAUAUGAAUAGGGGAGAAAGGCUAUGCUACAAUGUGGAUUUGAAGCAAGUCACUUCCUCUCGUGAUGCUCGCUCCAUUAGCAGACACCUUGAAGCCAAAAAAACAUAUGAUAGCGUUUUAUUUCCACUGAGAUGUGGACUGGAACGGCCGGAACGAGAACGAGGGUCGAAUGCUUUUUCUGAUUUGAAAAACUUCGUGGAUGUACCUCGUUUAUCUUCUCCUCGAGGAAAUAUAUUCUUUUUUAUUGAAUGAAACGAUGGAUGAAAUACCCACAUUCUUUUC